CGAGUUGUUCGUUAUUACAAGAAACAUGUGCAAAUGCUCUUUUUCGUAAAUGCUGAAAUUUAAGAGGGAAAUAUUCACUAGGUUUUUGGUGUAGAUGUAGAAGUCAUGGACUUGGAACCUCUUCUUCCAAAAUCUGAUCUCCAGGUACUGCGGUUUCCAGUAAAACUGAGAAGAAUAAUCGAUACGUGUGUAACAGGAGCCAUCAGGUGGAACCAAGAUGGAACUAUCAUUAGCAUCAACAAAUCAUUGUUUGAGCGUGAAUACCUAACAAAAGACUGCAGACCGUUUCAAACAACGAGCUUUAGUAGUUUCAUUCGUCAACUUAACUUUUAUGGAUUCCAAAAAGUUAACCAAAGAACCUUUGCUGAGGGUAGCGUUAAUUUGGAUCCAAACGUGUUUGAUUAUCGACAUCCACAUUUCAGAAGGAACAGCGCAGACUUAUCGCUAGUGCAAAGGAAGAACAAAUCGAGAAGACCACGGAAUUUUGAUGAUGCAUUUGCAAGGAUCAUAGAACCAUCACCAAAGAGUUUUGGGACGUGGCUACCGUUUAGGAGAUCCCAGCCCUGUGGUAUAAAACAUAUAUCAAAAGAAGUUGUAGAUGCAUCAUGUCCAGUGCAGCUGUAUGUGGUUGGCAGAGAUGGAAUUCUGAUACCAGUAAACACUCAUUUGGGUUCGAGUACUGAAAACUAUUCACAACCAUCCGACAGUGACCCAAAUAACCAUAUGAUAACCAAGUUACACGAGUCCACUGUUCAACUUAUGGAUCGGCCGCCACUGGUUCAAACAAAUGAGAGUGAAUCAGAUGACACCAUCCCUUCAACUGGAUGAAGCAGACAGCUCUACAAGCAAUAUCAGAAGAAAAGCUGUGAUAUACAUAGUCUAUGGACAUUUUCUUCAUGGACAACUGUUGUGUUAAUAGACUGG